CAGUAAUUAUACAACAUUGGCAAAUGUAUUUGAAUGUAUCAUAGGUGCUGAAGUUCGUUCAGAACCCUUCGCGUGGCUAUGAUUCUAUAAGGAUAUAAAUGAUGUGCAACGCUGAACAGAUGAGAGUUGCAGGCUCAUGUCUAUCAGAGUAGAGAGGGGGGAUUAUAGAAAGUGAAUCUCAUUCUAGUUAUGUGAGACACACUGGCGCGCUUCUCGCACAACCAGGACCACGUGUUGAUCUCAAACAGUUUGAGACCAACCCAAAUGAACUCUUUGAAUACUAGGCCAAGGAUGAAAAUCUAUUUUUUCACAUUACGUUUUUUUGUGGGGGCGGUAGAAUGAACUAAGAGGCAACUAGAAUUAACUUUGAUCGCUUUUGUUAUAAUUUUUAAUUUGCAAAAAGUGUACAUUAUUUUUCAUGCAAGGAGAGGUACCGGAUCCGGUCAAAUAGGUUCCGGAACAAAACAGUCCAAAACGGAGAGGUACAGGAUCCGGCUCAAAUUAAGCACUGUCUAUUUAGUAAUUACAGAGCGCGCUUCCAAAACUCGGGCUCUUCCAACUGUAGGCAACGCGAUUUAAAACAAUCCACAGCCUUAAAAAAUAAGAAACUAAAGAUCCUCUGUGGCCAAAUCAUGCUUUCUGGUGUAGUAGCCUAUUCUGAGGGAUUGUAUUUAUUUCUGUAUAAACAGGAGUAAGCUAAUUAGGCAAUAUAUUUUUGGCAAUUUAAUUAAAUUUACUUUAGGGGAAGCUUAGCCUUAUGGACACGCCGCCUAAUGCCUUUUAAUGUGGCAGAAACACAACCAGUCAUGAUGUUUUCAUCUGAUUGUCUAACAAUCAUUGCGCUUCUGUAGGCUACCCGCGCACAUUCUUCACUCACAAAAUCAUUUCAGCAUACAAACUCCAACAGUGCACUGUGUACCCGCAAUUUAAUGGAUGGAAACAGACAUCUGUUAUAAAACACCUACGUGUAUUCUAAUGACAUUCUGCGAUUAUAGCUUGAAUUGAUGCAUCCACUGUUGUCCACGCGCGCCUCGGUCUCCGCUACUCAUCUCCGCGCGCCUCAGUCUAAGGCUAAAUCCAACACUGUCUGUAGGUACGUGAUAAGAGCCUAUUGUAGUGGCAAAGCAUCAAACAACAUAUAUAGUAUAGGUGUACAUCUGUGAAUUGUGAUGAUUAGGGUAUAUUCGUUAUAAACCCUCUUCCUGAUUGUGUGCGUCUGUGUGGCUGCACGCGCCACAGUGUACAAAGAGUGUUCUGACGUGUGGCAGGGGGGUCAGAAAGAAGAUUGAUAGGCUGUCUACUUGCCUAGUGUAAGACAAAUUCUGAACAACGUCGUCUCCACCAGGAUUGACACGUGACUAACAUAUCAACAGUGUAGCCCUGGUCAUUGUUUUAAUUCCGCAGAUAAUAAAUGCUAUAUUUUCAGGUGAGGGAGAAGUGUGAUGUAUUGACACGGUGUUUAGGUCUGGGGUCGUGUUUCAGGCGCGUUGCUAUUGGCUGAUUCUGUGAUGCGCGCCGUUGACUGGCUGUGGGGGAAGAGACUGCGCUCACAAAAUAAACUGCCAGCCACAUCACAUGCACUUUUCUGUCUGAGGCGCGUUGAGUGGACAUCGGACCUACUGGGAAAGUUGUGAACCGUUUUGGAUUAAUUGUUCUAUUAGAGGAGUCAAUUAUUGACCAAUGAUAAAGUAAUCCAUUUGGAAUUCAGACAGACACGAUAAGAGCAAUGUUGUGUCUGCAGGACUCUGAAGACUGUCUGGUGAACCAGAUGCAGUACAUGAGGUCCCUGCAGGACCUGAAGCACAUGAGCCGACCGCUCAGCGAUCCCUCCGGCCGCUCCUAUGCCAUGACCCGUGCCUGCCAGCAGAAGACUCAGCAGCGGGAGCGCAUGACACGCCUCCGUAGGCCCAUCUCUGAGGCCAGCACUUACGACUCAGCUUGCUGCCUGGCCAGCCCCAUGGAGGAGGAGCAGGAAGGGCAAAAGCGGCUAAUGCAGGGCUCCCCCAGCAGUGACAAGAGUCUGGAGUUUGACUCGGGCUACUCUGAGGCGUCCUGGCAGGACGAGGAUGUGGUGCUCAGGAGGACCAGGAACGUACGGGUGUCUAACUCCGCCUGCCUCCGCACCAACCGGGGAGUGGGUCCCGCCGGCCGGAUCCGGCCCAAAUCCACUUCUGACGCUUGUCUGGAGCGCUGGACGUCAUUUGAGGCGAGCAGCGACCCGGAAGACUGGACCACAUCACUGCUGAGCCGCAGCAGGAACAGACAGCCCCUGGUGCUGGGGGACAACAGCUUUGCUGACCUCAUUAAGAACUGGAUGGACCUGCCAGAGUGUCCUGAGCCAGCAGAACUCAAGCCCCAAUUAGGCCGGCGCCUGGCCAAGGACCUCCUGGUCAACAUGAGGAGGAAGCUGGCAGGGAUGUCUAAGAGCGUGGAGAUGAGGGCCAGACCAGCAGACAGCACCAGGGUCAGUAGGGCCGCGGUGGCCCCCAAACGCAUGUCCUGCCCCGUGGGCUUCCAGCCACGCAAACCCUUCUUUCACCAGUCCCACACAGGCCUGCACCAACUGGGAACAGACUUCUACCAGUUCACUGCUCUCAUGAAGACAGGCAGCCGACAACCUAUCAUAUGCAAUGACAUCAUCGGAUACGUCUGAUUGGAGUGAUGUCACAACUACGGAUUCUUACCACAGAUUUACAUAAUGUUAUUUAAAUUUUUUAUAUGUGCUUUAUGUUUAAAUAAUGUUGAAAUUGUUACAAUAAAAACAUUUUUCUGUUGAAAAUA